UUAUGCAGACUUUCGUUGAUAGCGGACUCAUUCAAUCGCUCCUGUCGCUUACUGAAACGGUGACAGCAAGGCAAUCAUCACCAAGGCCACACAACCUAGUCUUGAACCACUCUGCAUUGGAGCAAAACCAACCAGGGACCGAUCAGUCGACUUUACCACCUACCGAAUGCAUUCAUCUAGAGGAAGAUCGGACCGGAAUUGAAAUGUUAACGGACAUUUUGUACAUUUUGGCACGAGCCUGUAAAGAUUCUGCAGUAAGGAAGACGCAUCUACCUGUUCAAGCCAUCGAUAGCAUUCUGUCUUUACUAUCUGCGUUACCCACCCGCUUUGCUCAGUUGGAGAGCAAUUCAGCGUGUAGUCCGUUCAAACUACAACUGGCCACUUUAUCGGUUCGACCUUUCAUCCACCGUAUUUGUCUGUUGAAACUAGCCGUGACACUGGUCGAUGUCAUCUGGUGUUGCAUCGUCGGUUCCGGAGAGCAUGAGCAAUAUUUCCUUACUCGAAACGGAGCUUGGUUGUUGCUCGAUCUGCUAGAGUGUUAUCCUCGGAAAAUCGCCCACCAAGUGGUCGGAUGUCUGGUCGAUUUGUCGGAAACUCAACUGUGCUUACCACAGUUGAGGAGUUGGUCCGGUAUUCGGAGCCUGGGUGAAGAUGACCAAAUGGAUGCAGUAGGCUUUGAGGCAAUCCCGCGACUUAUGUCCUUUGAUUCCAGUGAGGCCAACCAACACAAGCUUACCAAAUUGGCCCAUCCAACUAACAGAAUGGAGGGGACAGCAGUCAAUGUCCCUACGGACGAGGCCACUACGAUCGCAUUUGAUGAGGGUGUGAAAAUGCUGGCCACCGGACCGAGGCUAAUAGAAACCCUCUGCGCUCUUUGGCGCUGGGAGGAGACCGAACGUUCAGAACUACCGGACGACCCAACUGUCCAAUUAUGGAGUGAUUCCUCUACCUCUAUCCGACGAAGUACGCAUUCUACCAGUUCCACAAAGUCAACGGAUGUAUCAUCAGUUUACCGUUCAAGGACAACUACUCAGUCAAGCGAAUACGACAAGGAGGAUAGAUUACGAAUGAACAUUUAUGCUCUGUUACUUCGACUGGGUUUCCCCCAAAGCAGUCAGAUCUCAUUAAAGGAUCAAAUAACAAUGACAGAAAUCGAACACUAUUUUGAUUUAAAGAACUCGGAGGUCUGGUGCGACAUCAGGAGUGAACUAGAGAACGAACACAUCAGGCCGGUCACCCCGGACGCGCAACUACUCGAUUAUGUGGAGCGGUGGGGCAGUCUAUUGGCAGAUGAACUCUUGAAGGCAAAGCAAAUAAUGAUGAAAUCCAAAGAUGACGCUGCACUGGAGGAAGAGCGGAUGCUGUAUGCGCGGAUAGCACAAUUUCAACAGUUUGAAGCCAAUCGCAGAGCUAAUUAUGAGAGCUACCUCGCGAGAACGUCCAGCAUUGAGUGUUUAAAAUCGGCGAAACGGAAACAAAUCGAAGCCAUUGCGGCUUCCCGUGUCCGGGAACCUGGACCAACGGUGAGAAUUCGGCUGGAGGAGCAUUCGCCGCCGUCUGAGGGCAUGCAUCUCAGACAUCUCAGACGGGCUGGAUCCAGCAGCCAAGAAAUAACGGGGUUGUCUGGCUUACAGCAAAGUGGUGCCACAAUUCAUCACGUUACAGACGUACCGGGAUUAAAUGUGACGGACUUCUCUUCACAAGUGAUUCGAGUCGAGUCAACUCCACGGCAGUGCUUCGAUCAACCAACAAAACUGGAGUACGAGAUGCUCAAGGUUGUUCCACCGUCACGCUCCAGCUAAAUGUCAACUUUUACGAUUUGACCCGUAUAAUCAUGCUUUUUAUUGAGUAGUAUCCACAAAGGAAAUGUUCUGUGAAAAAUCAAGACAUACUCUGCCUAUGCGUCUUGAGUCGUGAUUUUUCUAUCCAUAAGUAAAUGCAACAAUUUUGCCUUCAAAUAUAAUCCUUCCUAAUGCGUG